AUGGCUCUUCAAGCCGCGUACAAGCAGUUUCUAGCUGCCCCGAACUCGAGCUUCCUCGCCAGCAACGCGUCUCUGCACUACAUCACAACCCUCAUCACCAUCAACGGCUCCUCCGAGAUAAUCAAGCACUUCAAUGGUCAAAUCCACGACCUGAAGAAGAAGGAGGAGAAGUUCCUCGAUGUGGUCGAAGGCCAAAAUGCCCUUGCGGCAGAGGUUCACACCACCAUCGAAUUCCUCGCGGGCGGUGGAGCAUAUCUUCCGAACUUGGAUGAUAACUUCCUUGCUGAUCGCACCGUUACAUUGCCAAUCAUCCACAUAGUCAGUUUCGAUGCGGACGGCAAGAUUCAACAAGUGCGACAAAGUUGGGACCAGGGUUCUCUCCUCAAGUUGAUCGACGUUAUCGGAAGGACUGGGCGCAACUGGCCAAUUCGUGAUGGCAAGGACCAAAUCAAGCUGAUUACCUCAAGUGUCAAGUCUGCUGGAAAGCCCGCAGAUGACAGCUCCUCGGAGGACAGCCUUGCUAGAUCUCGCGGAAACUCCCAAAACGUCACUCGUGACCCGCACGCCUCUCUUUCUCUCUUUGCCCCUCGCGAGAAGGAGACAAUAGAUUCUCAACCGGCUAUCGUUCCACCUCGCGCGUCAGCCAAGCCACCCCCACGCGAUUACAACGACCUAUUUGUUGGAACUGAUGAGGACGAGUCACCGGCUUCUCCAUCGAACUCUGCUGGAGGGCGCACACCAUCUCCUUCUAAGCCCACAGUGAUCGCACCGAAGGUUGGCGCCGGAAAGAAUUUCGCCCCUUCGCGUAUCUUCGAUAUCGAUGGAAACGAAUCACACAGUCCGUCUGCAGAUAAGACUCCUUCUACAGAGCGCCACUACCGUCCGCAUCCUGCCAAGUUCCAACAUUUCGAUUUUACUGAUGAAGGCGAGUCACAGGAUGCGCCUAAGCCCAAGCCUCUAGUCGAGGUGAAGAAGAGCAGGCAUGGGAGCCAGUGGAGCUUUGAUGAUUUUCAAACUCCCGAAAAGGUCAUUCCAAGCAAGGUUCUCCGCAACAAUGAUGUGCGCCACUGGAGUAAUAGUGAGGACGAGGCCGUUGAUAGCCCAGUCAGACAAAAGCAGAUUCCCAAACCCCGCAAAGACGCCGAAACUCAUUUCGAACUACAGGACGAUGGAACCCCAGAGGGUGGACCCCGCUUAGUCGGCCGACCACGAGGUGCGGGUCAAAACAAUGGCCUCGGUCUCUACAAGAACAAUUUGUAUGACGAAAACAGUGGACUCCCUGGGGGUGAUGAACCCAGACACAUUAACACUAUCGCAAAUGUGAAGGAUAGAUCCAAGGACUUUGAACCCCAUUUCACCAUGACUGAUGAUUCUCCCGCAGCCAAGCCAGCUCAAGAACGCCUUCCUGAGGAUAGAGCCAAGGCUGUCAAGAUGAUGGAUGCAAACUGGUCUGCAUAUGAUGAAUCUCCAUCUCAAAGAGAAAACAUGCCAGCUUCACGAGCGAGAUCCGAUGUGGGAACCGGCAAAGGCCCAUUGAGUGAGAGCACGAAUACGAUGAGCAAUCGCAAUGACAACCCCAAGGGCAUCAUGAUCGGUGGUGACGGUAUGGGAGGCAAGAAGGGAGCCGGUAGACAAUGGGGCUUCGGCGAUGACAGCGACGGUGAGGAGGUGGGUGGUAGAAACCAACCAGGGAAGUACAGGACUGGCAAGACACAAGGCAGAACCCAAACAACCGGAGACGACUUCUGGGACUUCUAG